CACGUGGGAUGGCUAGUUGUUUCUGUAUCUCCCGCCGGGUAGAAUUCAAAAAGUAAAAUAAUUUGCAUUAGCAAUACCCUGGUGCCACUACGUUAGCAGCGUUUGGGUACCUAAACUUGAAAACCUUCGCACUUAGACCUCUGAACUCGCAGUUUACAGUUCUGCACGAUCAGCUGUGUGGAAGUGAAACAACUUUGGACACAGACCAUGGACGACUCGGACACAAGCGCGAUUCUUCCCGAGGAGUUUACGCCGUACUCUGCGGACGAGAUUCCGGAUUUAGGCUCUGUCUCAGCAGAUUCAGAGACCGCUGACGUCCAGAACAAACGCACCCUCCGCCCCGGACGUCCACCCUUCCCCUGUCCGCUGCCGGUCUCCGUGGAGCCCGUGUUGUUCCUGGCCAUGUUCUCGCUGGCGCUCCAGAUGCCGCUGUACACGCAGUAUCUGUGGGACCGCAUAAGUACAGAUCUCGGCUACAACGGAACUAAAUCAGGGGGAUGCGGAAACUCCUCCGGGCCUCCUGAUGCGCUGGAGAAGGAAGUGGAGACUCUGACAGCCCACUGGAGCUUGUACAUCAACCUGGGGGGCUUCUUGAUGGGGCUGUUCGUGGUGACGCUGCUGGGCUCCUGGAGCGACCGCGUGGGCCGCAGGCCGGUCCUGGUGCUGGCCUGCGUGGGCUUGGCGCUGCAGGCGGGCGUCUACCUGACCGUGAUGUACCUGCGGCUGCCGGUGGCCUGGUUCUUGCUGGGCCGACUCCUGAGCGGCGUCACCGGCGACUUCAACGCCGUGCUGGCGGCCUGCUUCGCCCACGCAGCUGACACCAGCAGCCACCGCGGCCGCACCUUCCGCGUGGCAGUGCUGGAGGCCUGUCUGGGCGUGGCCGGGAUGCUGGCGAGCAUCAUCGGGGGGAAGUGGCGGCGGGCACAGGGGUAUAUUAACCCUUUCUGGCUUGCCCUGGCCUGUAACCUGGCAGCCGCCCUGUACGCCUACCUGUUCGUGCCGGAGUCGGUGACCCCUGAGCCCUCGGCCCGGCUGUUCUCCGGAGAGCACCACCGUGCCGUCUUGCGGCUGUACGGGCCUCAGUCGCGGGGCGGGCGUGGGGCCCGGCUCUGGCUCUACGCUCUCUGCUUCUUCCUGGUGGUGACGGUGCACUUUGGCAGCCGAGACCUGUACGUGCUGUACGAGCUGAGCGCCCCGCUCUGUUGGGGGCCUGAGCUGGUCGGCUACGGCUCAGCAGCUCAGCACCUGUCCUACCUGAGCAGUCUGCUGGGGCUUAGGGUCCUGCAGCGAUGCCUGGAUGACUCCUGGGUGGCUAUUCUGGGGCUGGCCUCCAACAUCGCUGCCCUGCUGGUCAUCUCUGUCGCCAGCACCACUGUGCUCAUGUUCACAGGCUACGGGCUGAACUUCCUGUCCAUGGCCUCCACUCCUGUCCUCCGCUCCAAGCUGUCCAGACUGGUGGACCCAUCUGAACAAGGUGCUCUGUUUGCAUCAGUGGCCUGUGUGGAAGGGAUGUGCUCACUGGUGGCUACUGGAGCAUUUAACUCCAUGUACCCCGCUACCCUGCCUGUGAUGAAGGGAUUCCCCUUCCUCUUCGGUGCCAUCCUCCUACUCGUCCCUGCCUCAAUCAUUGGAACCAUGAGGUGCAGAGAAGUGAGGGCAGCCCCCGGGACCUCUUGACAGGAUCUCCUUCCCUGAGACUCUCUCGCCUACACUGCCCUGGACAAAUCACCCCACUGCCCUGUCUCAUCCUCCCGCAUGUGCAGGAUUUAGACAACAAGGGGGUGUGGGAGAACUGACCAAACAAAUGGAGGGAUGAAAGCUGAGGAAGGAUUACACAGAGUUUUGGACAGCAAAGGCCGGAAGUAGCAAUAACUGUUCAUUGUAUGCUAUAUUCCAAAUUUGGCAGCAAGGGGGGCGUCCCUCUUAUUCUGGGGGACACAGCAGUGUCAGUACCCCAUCCCGGAACCACUGCAACAAUCACUUGCGGACAGGGGCAUGAUGAAAACCCAAAAACAGUAUUAUGGAUGGAAUUUCUUCACAGGUUUGAUUCCUGCACUAAUGGACACUCCGAGAUCCCAGCAUGCACCUGCACAAGUGAAUGAUCCGUGGUGAUGUCUGUCACAUGCACCCAGCGUGUGCGCAGAGCUGAUGGGAGCACUGUCCAGUACACGUUGUUACAGAACAAGUGUGUCACAUGCUGAAGAGGGGCAGCCAGAAGGCAGCGUGUCCUGCCUGCCUGCUCUAAUCAGCCUCAGUGAGGGGGGAAGGAGGCUAAAAAUACGCAUGGCUCCUUCUGGCAAGACGCAGCCUGCAGGUGCUGUGUUAGGACAGUGUGAUCCGGACAAAAAAUGACCUUUGAUUACUGUGUCCAUGGAUGAACCCCCAUAAAUCAGGUCAUUAAAGUUUGAUGAUUAUUAAUGCAAGGAACACGGAAACGUCUGAUAAUGAUGUCCAAUUGAAGAAUAAAAAAGUUAUGCAAAAAAUUAUGAGCAAAAUAGGUACGGAUGUCCUUCAAGAAUGAAAUUGCUCUUGUC